CGUUAACGUUUGUGGAAGAGCUCCCACUAACUUCAGUACAUGCUGGAUCUGCUCUUUAGACCUGACUGCUGCAAACAAGCUCGUGCUUACAUUUGCAAUGGUUGUAUGGUUGGGCCCUGGAAAUGGGAUGUCAGUCCCGUUCAGGGAGCAUAAAGGAAGAAAGAAAAUCUCCCAGUUGCUGCUGCUGUGACAGCGAGUGAGAGCAAGAGCAGGAAAAUGUCGACAGUCACAUCAGCAAUCCAGGCUCCUCAGGGCCCUGUGAAUCCACCGCCUCCGGAGGUCACUAAUCCUAAUAAGCCUGGCCGGAAGACCAACCAAUUGCAAUAUAUGCAAAAUGUUGUGGUAAAGACCUUGUGGAAGCAUCAGUUUGCUUGGCCCUUCUACCAACCUGUUGAUGCAAUUAAAUUGAAUUUGCCGGAUUAUCACAAAAUAAUAAAAAACCCCAUGGACAUGGGGACCAUCAAGAAGCGCCUGGAACAUAACUAUUACUGGAGUGCCAGUGAAUGUAUGCAGGAUUUCAACACCAUGUUUACAAAUUGUUACAUUUAUAACAAGCCCACAGAUGACAUCGUCCUCAUGGCCCAAGCCCUGGAGAAGAUAUUUCUGCAGAAGGUGGCCCAGAUGCCUCAGGAGGAAGUCGAAUUAUUACCCCCAGUUCCUAAAGGCAAAGGUCGCAAGCCGUCAGCGGGCACACAGAGUGCAGGAGCGCAGCAAGCAGUGGCCGUGUCUUCCGUCUCCCCGCCGGCCCCGUUCCAGAACGUCCCUCCAGCCGUGUCUCAGACGCCCGUCAUUGCUGCCACCCCUGUGCCAACCAUCACUGCUAAUGUCCCGCCUGUCACUGCCCCUCCCGCCGCUGCUCCCCCUCCGCCUGCUGCUCCGAUAAUGCCCGUGGUGCCUCCUACGCCACCGGUAGUCAAGAAAAAGGGAGUGAAGCGGAAAGCAGACACAACAACCCCCACCACCUCCGCGAUCACUGCCAGCCGAAGCGAGUCGCCCACGCCCCUCUCGGACCCCAAGCAGGCCAAAAUCAUCGCUCGACGGGAGAGCGGCGGCCGGCCCAUCAAACCACCAAAGAAAGACCUUGAAGAUGGAGAGGUCCCCCAGCAUGCAGGGAAGAAGGGCAAACUCUCUGAGCACCUCAAGUACUGUGACAGCAUUCUCAAGGAGAUGCUCUCGAAGAAGCAUGCAGCCUAUGCAUGGCCCUUUUACAAGCCUGUUGAUGCAGAGGCCUUGGAAUUACAUGACUAUCAUGAUAUUAUCAAACACCCCAUGGAUCUCAGUACUGUUAAAAAAAAAAUGGACAGUCGGGAAUACCAGGAUGCACAAGGUUUUGCAGCAGAUAUUCGGUUAAUGUUCUCUAAUUGUUACAAGUACAAUCCUCCAGACCACGAAGUGGUAGCCAUGGCCAGGAAGCUACAGGAUGUCUUUGAGAUGAGGUUUGCAAAGAUGCCUGAUGAGCCUGCAGAGGCCCCACCCCCACCUCCACCAACAGCACCAGUGGUGAGCAAAAGCACAGAGAGCAGUCACAGCAGUGAGGAGAGCUCUUCCGACUCGGAUAGCUCGGACUCAGAAGAAGAGCGAGCGACUCGGCUGGCGGAGCUCCAGGAGCAGCUAAAGGCCGUCCAUGAGCAGCUAGCUGCGUUGUCACAAGCGCCAGUGAACAAACCAAAGAAAAAAAAAGAGAAGAAGGAAAAAGAGAAGAAAAAGAAAGAUAAAGAGAAGGAAAAAGAAAAGCACAAAGUAAAAGCUGAGGAGGAGAAGAAACCCAAGGUGGCUCAACCACCAAAACAAACCCAACAGAAGAAAGCCCCAGCUAAGAAAGCAAACAGCACGACCACAGCUAACAGGCAGCCCAAGAAAGGAGGCAAACAGGCAUCUGCAACCUACGAUUCAGACGAGGAGGAGGAAGGUCUGCCCAUGACCUAUGAUGAGAAACGACAACUCAGCUUGGACAUCAACCGCCUGCCUGGGGAGAAGCUGGGCAGGGUGGUGCACAUCAUCCAGUCGCGGGAACCUUCCCUCAGAGACUCCAAUCCUGAUGAGAUAGAAAUAGAUUUUGAAACAUUGAAGCCCACAACUUUACGAGAACUGGAGAGAUACGUGAAAUCUUGUUUACAGAAAAAACAAAGGAAACCAUUUUCUGCAAGUGGGAAAAAGCAAGCAGCAAAGUCAAAAGAAGAGUUAGCUCAGGAAAAGAAGAAAGAACUAGAAAAACGGUUACAGGACGUCAGUGGGCAGCUAAACAACAACAAGAAACCUGCAAAGAAAGGUAAAGGCUUUGGUUUUACUGUGCUAACAAUGCCCGAAAAGUUGUGUAUGUAGAUAGACUUCCUCACUGAGGCAAAACUACUGCCGCCUUGUAGCCUUGGAUUUA